AAAGAAUGUCGUGUUGUUGGGCAUAACCUUAAAACUCAACAAUGAUCUAAAAAAACAUUUUUUAGAAACUCGGUUCCUUCCACUUUCAGCGGCCACGGCUCAGGGAGGGACGGCAGCCAUCCCUUCACCUGCGCCGGCCUCAGCAACCGCAGCAAACCACUCCCCGCGACUAGGACGGAAGUCAUUCUCUAUCGUCUCUCAAUCUCACGGCAGCCGCAGCAACCCUCUCUCUCGGCCUCUCUCCGUGUCUCACUCACGGCCACAGCUAUUCUCUCGAGUCUCGGCCUCUCUCUUGUAACGCUGACCUCUUUUAUUCUUGGAUUGAAAUGGACAACUAUCGCCCAGAAAAAGUACUGAAAUACGAGGAAUUUGUCGACCACCGCUUGAAACCAGACCUCGUUCGUGCUAUAGCUGAACGGGAUAAGGUGUUUGAGCAACAAAAAGUUUUCUCAGAUUUACGGAAGAAUAUAGAAACAUUGGAGAAAAAUAGCGUAACCAGUCUUAGGACACAGGUUAAUCUUGGCUCUGAAGUAUACAUGCAAGCUGAUGUGCCAGACACUACACGCAUAUUUGUAGAUGUUGGACUAGGAUUUCAUGCAGAGUUCACGUGGUCCGAAGCUUUAAAUUAUAUAACUUUAAGGGAGGAAAGAUUAUCUAGGCAAAUUGAAGAGUACACUCACCAUAUUGCAUCAAUUAAAGCCCAGAUAAAAUUGGUAUGCGAAGGGAUAAGGGAGUUGCUCCAACUUCCAGCAGUGAAACCUUUAUCGCAGCGUAUCUUCUAACGUGUUUUGGUUUUGUACACAAAAUUUGUCUCUUUUAAAACUGUCGUUUUAAAUCUCAAUCAAGUAUGAGAGGAUAUGAAUCAUUGUUUGAUAAGAGAUUUUAGAUGAAUUCCGGACCAAUUACAAUAUCACACUUAUAAAGCUCUGGAGAAAGCCUGAAGUCCACUUAGUCCGGUAUUGAAAAUAAUAGAGUGCAAUGUAGUACCUUACUGAUUGAUUAAAACUAAUUAAUCCGGACAUGUGUGCAAUAGUGUGAUUUAUGAAAGAGUUGUCUCUAUAGCAAAAUGAUGGUGUAUAAAAUAAAAAUAUCUAUAUAUUCUGUAAGUGAACCAGAGAGAGAGAGAGGGACUUGCACCAAAUUGCAGUUUCCUCUGGACAAUGGUUCUAUGAUUCAACAUCCUCAAUAUGUAGUAGAUGUUUUAUGUC